UGCUUCCUAAAAAUGGAGUUCUGAAUGACACAGAAGCUGGGCUGAGCUAUGUAAGGUAUCCAGGGUUUGGUCUCUCAGCUUCUAUUUUUUUGCCUUUGUCUUCAAACAAGGGUUACUUGCUUGCUGCAGAUGCUUCCUGGUGACCUGAAUACAUCUAGAUCAAUUCACUGGAAAAGCGUGGGGAUCAAACCAGUGCACAAAGAGUCCUGCAUCUCUCCAGGCUUUUCUCUUAGAUAUUCCUUUCCUUCUCCCAGAUAAACCCACAGAAGCAUAGCAAUAUGAAGGCAGCUUGCUGGUUCCUGGCAGUUUUUUAUGUACUUGUCUGCUACAGGGCUGAAGAAGGACUGGACUUCCCUACCUAUGAUGGGAAAGAUCGUGUGGUCGACUUGAGUGAGAAAAACUACAAGCAGGCCUUGAAGAAGUACGACAUGUUUGGUGUGCUGCUCCACGAACCAGUGACUUCCGACAAAAGCUCUCAAAGACGGUUUCAAAUGAUUGAGAUGGUGCUGGAGCUUGCUGCACAGGUCCUAGAGGAGAAAGGCAUUGCCUUUGGAUUACUGGAUUCUAAGAAAGAUGCAAAGCUUGCCAAAAAACUAGGUUUGGAUGAAGAAGGAAGCCUAUAUAUCUUUAAGGAGGACCAUAUAAUUGAGUUUGAUGGGCAAAUGGCAGCAGAUGUCUUGGUUGAAUUCCUUUUAGAUCUGAUGGAAGAUCCUGUGGAAAUCAUUAACAACAAACUGGAGCUUCAGGCCUUUGACCACAUGGAAGAGGAGAUCAAACUUAUUGGCUACUUCAAAGGAGAAGAUUCAGAACAUUACAAAGCAUUUGAAGAGGCAGCUGAACACUUCCAGCCUUAUGUCAGGUUCUUUGCCACCUUCGACAAAGGGGUAGCCAAGAAAUUGGGCCUAAAGCUAAAUGAGGUGGAUUUCUAUGAGCCAUUUAUGGAUGAUCCCAUCCGUGUCCCUGACAAGCCAUAUACUGAAGAAGAAUUGGUUGAAUUUGUGAAUGAGCACAGAAGAGCCACACUGCGCAAGUUGCAGCCUGAAGACAUGUUUGAGACUUGGGAGGAUGAUCUGGAUGGAAUUCACAUUGUGGCAUUUGCUGAAGAAAGUGAUCCAGAUGGCUUUGAAUUCCUGGAAAUUGUCAAGCAGGUUGCCAAAGACAACACUGACAAUCCUGAUCUAAGCAUUGUCUGGAUUGAUCCUGAUGACUUUCCUCUACUGAUCACAUACUGGGAAAAGACAUUCAAGAUUGACCUGUUCAAGCCUCAAAUUGGUGUAGUCAAUGUCACCGAUGUGAGUAUCAGCCAGCUCAGUAGCUUUAGCACCAAGGCUGCUGGACCUGCCUUUGUGUUUAUUUGCAUACCUGAUCCUUUCACUAAGCAUCCCACUGCCUGACAGAAGGCACUUUGU